AUGGUUUGCAGAAAAACACGAGAGCACGUCAAAAAAACCCAUCAGUAUCGGUUGGUACGGUGCGGUAGAUUCUUCCGCCCCAAGAGGCUCUAUGAUGUCGUCCCUACAAAUCCGGACACCGAUACCUUCGUCAUACCAAUGCAUGGUGGUAAAUCUGCCCCCUUUCCGCGAAAUGUUCCCCAUCCCCAAGGCGUAAAACAUGGGGCUACUCCUCCCGAAAAGAUUCAACACAUGAGAAAACUGAUUCUCUUUGACCCGGAAAUGGAACCCAUACGGGCAGUGUUUACGAAGGGUGUACCAAUCGACCGAUUACUGUCAGAGCUCAAUGUUCCACCACAAACGGCCUGGGCGCCGGCUCAGUCUGAACAGGAUGAGCUCAUUCCCAUCGAUGCGGAUUGGCCCGAAAGAUUCUCCAAGCUUAAUGAUCUAACUUACGUCACAAGAAAGACACAUUACAGCUGGUGGAUAGGUGGCGAAUACCACGUUCAUGGGCCUGAUGUUGGGCUCGAAUAUUAUGAGAAGAUGGGUAUUUGCGAUGAUACAGGAACAACAUGGGCAUUUGACGAAACGAAUUCUUUCCGACUAAAUAUUUGGCACUUCGCGUUGAACCGCCGCAAGGGCGCUGACCCGAAUUUUAAAACGCCAGGUUACUUAGCGCCUUGGUAUUACAAGAGUAUCAAGAUGAAGUAUUCUCGCAAUACUUCGGCGGUGGUGCCAAAGAUUGGCCUUCGUGGAUAUUCGUACAAUACCAGUUCUUGUGGUGGGUUUUGGGCAGGAUACAGGCUUUAUCUCGGAAAACACCCUCGACUCGAAUUCUCACCUCUGGUCUGGGAUGAUGUCAAAGAGUAUUUGGAUGCAUUUCAGACACAUGAAGACAAUAGGGAGGAUUGCAGUAUACCUACGGUAAAAGGUACCGAAAAGCAUUACAGAGUGAAGGGUGUCGAGCCCAGCUCUCCGGAAAUGAUCGUCAAAAUAAGUAUCAUCAGACCUGGGGAAGAGGCGCCCCCUUCACACCCACAUCAUUGCUGGGAACCAGUGGCAGGUGACUUCAGCAAUUGUGGUAAUCUUCAAGGCGUUGAUUGGCGUCUGACAGUCCCUAUUAGUCCCCCACCCGCUAAGGAGGAAUUCAAGAAGUUCAUGGCACCCGGAUUCAACAGACUUGUUUCCGACAAAGACAAGCUACUGCUGUGCGAGCGAGAGGAGAAACUACUGAAAAACCUCAACAGGUUUAGAAUUUGA